ACGCACUCAUAACAGUUUUUCCAUAUAAUACUAUACAUAAUCGUCAGAAACAAUGGCUGAAUCUGACUGACUCCUUUCUUCUCAUUUUACCCUUUUUUUGAGAGUUGACUCUUCAAUCUCUUUCUCUAUCCAGUUUCUGCAAAGAGGGGCAAGUAUGAGUAAUUCUUCACCUCCUGAAAUGGAGCAGGCUAAGAUUAACGAGGUGAGACGCUUAAUCGAGCCACAGUCGGGUAAGCUCGCCAUUUACUGCUCUGAUGCAUCUAUUUCGAGAUAUCUGAGAGCACGAAACUGGAAUGUGAAGAAGGCCGUUAGAAUGCUUAAAGCAACUCUAAAAUGGAGGCAGGACUACAAACCGGAAGAGAUUCGUUGGGAUGAUGUAGCAGGGGAAGCAGAAACCGGAAAGAUCUAUAAAUCGAACUACAAAGAUAGGAACGGAAGGCCAGUCCUCGUCAUGAGACCUAGCUGCCAGAACUCAAAAUCGAUAAAAGGGCAGAUCAAAUAUUUGGUUUACUGCAUGGAAAAUGCAAUUUUAGAUCUUCCUCCAGAGCAAGAGCAGAUGAUUUGGUUGAUUGAUUUCCAGGGUUUCAAUCUUUCACAUAUAUCAAUCAAAGUUACACGAGAAACAGCUCAUGUCCUGCAAGAGCACUACCCCGAGAGACUAGGUGUUGCAAUACUAUACGACGCCCCCAAGAUAUUUCAGCCAUUUUGGAUGGUUGCGAAGCCCUUUCUAGAGCCUAAAACGGCAAACAAAGUCAAAUUCGUCUGUUCAGACGAUCCCAACACAAACAAGAUCAUGAGUGAGCUGUUCGACAUGGAAAUGGUAGAGUCCGCAUUCGGUGGGAAAGAUGACUCAGAUUUCAGCAUCACAAAGUAUGCUGAGAGAAUGAGAGAAGAUGAUAAAAGAAGCCUCGCAUAUUGGAAAACCCCAUCCCCUACAACGGUAAACUCAGAAAUAGAGAAAUCUGAUGUACAAGAAGAUAAGAACACAUCAGUUGAUGAUACUGUGACUGGGAAUAGCUCAUCAGUUGCUUUGACCUGUAGUAGCUAGACACAUUUACUAACUUAGCCUUACCUCUAUGUUUGUUGUACUCAAAAAGUAAAAAUAAAACCCAGCACCUUUCAUCUCUGCCAAAUUGUAUGAGCCAAGUGACAUUGUGUAAAUCAUCAAAGACCUCAAACAUAUCGUUUAUUGCACAACGCA